CUCCUAUUGUCUUCUUCCAUCGCGUCAUCGUUUCCAAUCCUCCGCGACUCGAAUUGGAGACCUUUGAUCACCAGGACCAGCCAGUGAAAUCUUAUCGGGGAACAUCGCGAUCCACUGCUGCUUUGGGACGAUCCAGGUCUGUUUAAGGAACGAUUCGAGAAGAAGGUGUCGCCAUCGGUCCCCCGAGACCGUCGAACGAAGAACGUUGACGUUAGCCAAGCGAUUUCGUACAGGUAGCACGCCACGGAAACCGGCUCGACGAUCCAGAGGAAGGGAGCAGCCAAAGCGAACGCCUUUCCCAUCAUCCGUGGAUCUUCAGUAUUCCUGGUUCCAGUCGGACCGAUGGACGGUCUUCGCUUGCGUAUCGUUCGUUCGCAUCGAGCAAAUCGGUCAACCAGCGAAUGUUGAACAGCGAUUAAAACGUGGGAAGUUGAACGAUCGUGGUGGUGGACACGGUGCUGCGAAAACUCGCCGAAGAUCGAGCCGGAGAACAUGAACGCGUCAACGGUCCUCCUGGUUCUCGCGGUAGGCGUAGCAAACGCUCAAUUGAACUUUGACGGUAAUCCUCUGACGGAGAACACCGAGUACACCGCCGAGGAGUCGCAGCUCUCUCGAAGAACCGCGAGGCGGGAGGGGACCGCAGCGAACGCGACGAAUGGUGUCGCGGAACGUUCCCAGAAUUUCCAUCCGGGGUUCGAGGCCGAGACAAGUGCGUCUUGGAAUGUCGAGACGAAAAGUAAACCCGUGAACGAUCUGUCCAUCGACGAGGAAGGUGUAGAACGCCAUAGUUCCUUCGCCGUUAAACCAGAUGCCGUUCAAACGGGUCGACACUUGACCACGAGUCCCUACGUUCACGGAACGAACUCUAUCGAUCCAUCCGAGCUGGCGUUGAGCACGUUUCUGAACUCGAAAACGCCAGAGGAGUCCCGGCAAUCGUUGGACGAUUACCUCCAGAUCAAAGAAUCGCCACAAAGCGUUGGCGAUCAAGCCACCUCGAGUACGGGCCAGCAACAGCCUGCAUCCCUGACGGGCCAACAAUCGUUGACCUUGUCGUCGCCGGUCAAUCAACAUCUCACCGCGCAGCUUAUGCAACAACGAGAAAUGCUGCAAACUUUCCCUGUUAAUCACAGACAGCAAUUCAACGAACAGGUUUACAAUGCGAAUACGCAAGAUCCACGCUCACCUGUGCCCAACACCGUGGGUACACCGCUGGCGCAGCAGGCGUUUACGUCUUACGCGCAGCCUGGGAUACAGAGCAGAAACGAUCUCUUUUAUCCUGCCGGAUGGCAUCAUCGCGUGAGAAGAAUACGUGGGAGACCGCUCCCCUACGCUCAGUCCAGGGGGGGAUUCUACAAUGGGCCUGUUCCAGGUCCUUUCAAGCCGAAGGCUCCCGUGGAGGUGAUCUACACGAAACCACCGGGUUUCGGUCGCGGUCCUCCGGUCCUCAGCAACCCUCCAGUGCCGUACGAGGACGCCAGCGCCUGGUUCCCUGAAGCUGACCAUCCGCCACCUGCGAAAGACGUUUAUUACUCCCAGCUGUAUGCUCAGUCCUACGACCCGUACUACUACAACUACAUAGCGAAAACGGGCAAGGUGAAGCCUCACCUGUACGGAAAGAUGGGUAAGUAUCACGAAGACGAAGGCGGCGACGGGAUCUGGGGAGAGCUGUACCGUGGCUUCAAGAAGCAUGGCCUGAAGAACAUGAUGACGCCGACGUUUCUUCUGGGGAUGACGCUGCCGGUGGUCACCCUGAUGCUCACGGCGCUCGUGCAGAAGAGAUCGCUCGCUAGAUCGGACUCCGGGGAGUUCUCGCGAGAGGAGACGAUUCAGGAGUACCUGGAACAGCUGCAGAGAGCUAUAGAGUGCUACGAGAAGAAGAGAAGGAAGAGGGACGCGAACGCGGACGAGUGCUGGAAAUUUAAUUAACGCUUAACUUAAUAAUUUAUUGAAUAGCAGGUCGGAGCAGGCACUUGUAUCGUUCUCGGUGCAAGUCGCUACGACGUUUCAGGUAGGGGGUUGUUAAUGUCGAAGUGAAUCUUGGACAAACGUUCAAGAGUUUACGGGGAGUCUUGUAUAUAAUGCGUGUAAUAUAAUAAUAAUAGUAAUAACGGUACGAAGCGACUCGCCGGAGAGAGUUAACGUGAGAAACGAAUCGUCGCGGGUCAAUUACCUACGACCCUGUUCACGUCCACGUGCUCGUGGGUGAACGGUUCCAUGGAAUGCGGGUUUAAUUAUGGACGAUAUCAAUGCAACACGACUCGACUUUCCUUUAUGCAACUUUUACUUUUGUACCCGUAGUAGAUGGCGAACUGGACUGGUAGCAACGGUCCGACUUCCGUCUGUCAUUUCUUCUUCAGUUAGGCGUGCAUCAAAAAUUGGUAAUCAAGGGAUACUUUCUCCGUACCAGGAGCUCUUCUCCGGAACCUCUAUCGGUCCGUCAGUUUUCGAAGGGGCACAAAUCUGUAGGAUUUAGUGAAAUAAAGCAAUCGUUUCCUGCAGCAUUCUCUGUUCUCAUUACCUACACUUCAUUGGGUCAUUCCACGCCAAAUCGAUCGCUUGUUUUGGUCGAUGUCUCGGAUUUUCUUCCAAAUGAGAUAUACAUAUUGUAGUUUACGUGAAAUUAGGGGCAGUUUAAGUCAUUAUUUUGCUCGUUUCGAAACCGUUUGAGAAAUACAAGCUCAAAUAUUGCGACACAUUUUUCACAAUAAUGGGCAAAAAUCGCAAUAUUUGAAGGGUUCUAUUUGGGUUCUUUUAAGGGUUGUAUUUCUCAAACGGUUUCGAAACGAGCAAAAUAAUGACUUAAACUGCCCUUAAUUUCACGCAAACUACAAUAUGUAUAUCUCAUUUGGAAGAAAAUCCGAGACAUCGACCAAAACAAGCGAUCGAUUUGGCGUAGGAUGACUCCGUUUCAUUUCAUUCAUUUAUGAGGGUCCUGACAUCCCUAACAGGAAUGUCAAUAAUUUGUUGGGUUAUAGUACACCUAUAGCUCGGGUACCUCGGGAUUGCUAAACCCGUACUGUAGCUACAAUCAAACGUACCUACAGCCCCUGAGGGAAUUACCUACACCUGCCGAUAAGUUUACGUGGAAAUGGUUUGGAAAUGGAAUUUUAUGGUUCGACAGCAACGUUACAUUACAAGGUCCUUUUUGGAAUCACGAAUGCUCGCUUCGAACUGUCGGCUGAAUUCUCUCUCGAUGCUUCCUACUCGGUUCAGUGAAAAGUAGACGAUCAAAGAGGUUCGUCGAAAAACCGACAGACCAGUGGA